AGAAGGCACUUUUUUUUACGCACGGCGCGGCGGAAUGCGGCAGGUGUAGCCUGGGAGCCACCCAUCGAGGCGAACUCCUGUCAGGCGGAACAGUGCAGCCUGUCAUUGUGCAGCAGCGCGCCGCAGAGGAAUCACUAACUGGGUUUAUUGUGUGAGGACGACACAGGAGGAGGACUGCAGAGGUUUGCUGUCUUGAGCGAAUGGUUGACCUUUCACCUCCAGCAGCUCCAGACAGAGACUGAGCACGAGCUCAGCAACUUACAGAAGAAGAACUUGCACUUUGAAGGCCGCCUGCUCCAACUGACCUCCAAAUUGUGUGUGCUGCAAGAGAAGAAGAAACGAAUCCAGCAAGAGUUCACAAGUAACCCCACCCUUCAGACGUCCACUGAGCAGUUGUAUGCUUGUCAGGAGCUUCAGGCCUCCGUUGCUGAGAGUCUGGUCCAGUUCGAGAGGCUCGUGUUUCAAAAGGAGGCACUGAGCGCGCUCCGUAACCUUCUGAGGCAAGACCUGCACAGAUAUCAGGAAGAAAGUACGAGGCUAACAAGUUUUACAGCAACCAUACGCAACCACUUGCACAAGUCCAAAGAAGAAGACGACAACCCGAGUGUCCCCAGCAUGCAGGAAAAGAAUGAGACAGUGCAACAAAGUGACAUGGAGCCUGAAAGUGAUGCCAACAAGCAGCCGGACAGCCUGUCAGAGGAGGAGCCCUCCACUCCCCGAGUCGUGCCACCCAGCCCCAAAUAUCAGAUGUUCCUUGACAACGAGCUGAAGACCAACGGCUUGAGUAGCAGGGAUGCAGAUGGUCUCGGAGGCGGGGGGCUGCUGGGGGAGAACGGAUCCAAGCUGUCCCGGUGGGAGACCACGCGACCAGGCAGCUACCUAGGGUCCUUGGAGUCCAUCGCCUCGCGGGACAUGGACUUUGAUCGGGCAAGUGUGGCGGAAAACCCCGGUCGAGUCUUCAACAGUCCCUACGGCAUGAACAUGAACACGCACCACUUGUCCGGAAUAUCUCCUGCCACCUCAGAGUUGAACCUGCACACCUACGGCCAAAGCAACAGUCCAGUGCCAAUGUCAGGGCCCAACCUCAUCCCCCAUCGCACACGAUACUCCGCAUACGACGCUCUGAUGAGGAGGAGGAACGACAUCCCCAACCCUGUGGUUCAAAACCACUACAGCUUACGAUCGUCCACAAUGGGCGGGCUCAGUAGGAAAGACUUCAUUGAGGAACUGACCAAGCAGUUGGAUGCCUGUCAGAAGCGUAAUCAGUUCCUGGAGGCCGAGAGUGUUGAGAUGGAGAAAGAGAGGAACCAGAUCAGGUUUGAAAUGCGUGGCCUGCUGGUGAACAACGAAGACCUGCUGAGGACCAACACUCAGCUGGCCAAUGAGAUGAAAAGAAUGAGAGAGCAGAUAUUAGAGAUGGAGAGAACCAAUCAGGUCCUGGCGGAGAAACACAGAGAGAUGGAGAUUGAGGUGAAGCAGGCCCGCGACAUGAUGCUGGAGGCCAACACCCAGGAGUACGCCUUCAACUUCCUCCAGCAGUCCCUGAAAAACCAGAUCCAGGAUGCUGAGGAGAGCCUGGAGAAGCAAACUUUGCAUUCUCAGUCUCUGGCGGAGAAGCUGUGGCUUGCAGAGAGACAACUGGAGGAGCUGGAAGUGGACAAGGACAGCAAACACAAGAAGACCUCGGAACUCCACAGCACCAUCCUUAGACUGGAGACAGAGCUGGCAGAGGCCAUGCAGACGUCCUCCCAGUCCUCAGCAGAGUUACACCUGCAGCAGAAAUUGCGGCAGGAGGACCAGAUGAGGGUGGAGGAGCUGGAGGAGACCUUGCUGGAGAAGGAGCAGGAGCUGCAGAAGUACCAAGCUAUCGCCAACCGCUUGCAGGGAGAGGUGUCAGGCAAGCUGAUUGACAAGGAACGCACGCUGGAGGAGGAGAUCCAGCUGAGAGAGAGGCUCCAGCUGCAGUGCAAGCAGGCGGAGAGGACCGUGGACGACCUCCACAUGGAGCUGCAGGCCACCAUCCAGGCCAGAGAUGACCUGGCCAAGCAGUUUAAACAGGCUCAGGAAAAAUUGAUCGACCUGGAGACCGACGUGGAGGAGCUGCACGACAGCGAGCAGAGAUGGGCCGCCAAGCACAAGAGAGCUAUUGAUCAGAUGGAGCAGCUGCAGAUGAAGGUCAUUCAGGAGAAAGAUCUGAACGACCAGCUGGAAACGGAGAGAAACAUCAUGGAGAGACAGUACCGUGAUCUCCGCGUGGAGUUGGACGACCUUCAGAGUUCCAAACCUUCGGAUGAUCUUAUCUCCAAGUCGGAGAGCCGAGUCAAAGAGCUGGAGAACGCUCUCAGGACUGAGGAGAGGAGUAAAGCUCUCCUUAACAACAGCAUUGGCAAACUGGAGAGGAGGAUCAAUGAACUGGGCGAUCAGAUGGAGGAGGAGCACAGGAUAGCCACUGAGCAGAAGGACUUGAUGGCCCAGAGGAUCCGCACUCUGAAGCGCCAGCUCAACGAGACGGAGGAAGAGGCCAGCCGAAGAGACGCACAGCUGCGUCACACUCAGCGGGAGCUGGCGGAGGAGAGGGAGUCCAAUGGACGACUGCAAAGGCAGAUGAUAGAACAACAUGUCAAUCGAAAGGACACCCUGACAAUUCGUCACACUCUGGAUAACCUGCGGCUGGACCUCGGCGUGGACGAGGACGGCGAGGUGGAGCCAACGCGCGAAGAACAGACGGAGGAGAAAGAAGAGAAAGCGCCGGAACAGAUCAGUAAGGUCACUGAGGUCUAACAUCGGCGCGUUUAGGAAGAGGGAGGGAGGAUUCCAGAGGGCACGUUCUAUCAGUGCCUUCAACACUUAUCAGCAUCAGAACAUACUAGUAUUAAAUAUUCCAUGGUGUUUUCACUGGGUUAUUGUUGUAUUCCACAGCUUUGUUCUUGUUAAAGUAGAACUGUAUUGCACCAAGUCACAUGACAUAUCUGCAGGUCUGAUACAAACAUGACAAUCCCUAACGUCAAGUAAAGUCAACCAGAAUGAUGCCUUGAAUUGGAUUUUAGAUUUAAACGUAUAAAAAUACACUCUGCGAAAACAAAAAAGCCUUUUCUUGCACAAUUUACUGCAUCGACAAUUCUGCUUUUGCAAAAAGAAUAGAGUGGAACCCGCUUCAGUCGACAACCCAGUUAACUUUCAAUUAACUCAAGUCCCAGUCCGCUGCAUUCUUACUAAAAAAAAACAAAAAAACGUCAACAUACAGUAGAGGCCAAAAGUUUGGACACACCUUCUCCUCAUUCAAUGCGUUUUCUUUAUUUUCAUGACUAUUUACAUUGUAGAUUGUCACUGAAGGCAUUAAAACUAUGAAUGAACACAUGUGGAGUUAUGUACUUAACAAAAAAAAAAGGUGAAAUAACUGAAUGGUAAAUUAAAUGAUAAAUGGGUUAUACUUGCAUAGCGCUUUUCUACCUUCAAGGUACGCAAAGCGCUUUGACACUUAUUUCCACAUUCACCCAUUCACACACACUGAUGGCGGGAGAUGCCAUGCAAGGCGCUAACCACGACCCAUCAGGAGCAAGGGUGAAGUGUCUUGCUCAAGGACACAACGGAUGUGACGAGGUUGGUAGAAGGUGGGGAUCGAACCAGGAACCCUCAGGUUGCUGGCCCGGCCACUCUCCCAACCGCGACACGCCGUCCCCCACUUAACAAUAACCUCUUAAAAUGAAGGUGCAAAAAUGAACGAAUAAUUAUAACAUUUUAAAACAUUUGAACUGAAAACUGUAUCCUGGUAUCAGUGUUUCAUAUCGAUCAAUAUCGACAAUUACAUCAAAUCUGUAAAAUCACUUAACAAUAACCUUUUAAAAUGAAGGUGCAAAAAUAAGGAAUAAUUGAAAGAUUUUAACUGAAAACUGUAUCGCGAUAUCAGUGUUUUAUAUCGGUCGAUAUCGAUAAUUACAUCAAAAUUGUAAAAUCGCAUUUGACACUUAAACAUAACCUCUUAAAAUGAAGGAAUAAUUAAAACAUUUUAAAACAGUCCAAACAUUUUAACUGAAAACUGUAUCGCCAUAUCAGUGUUUUAUAUCGGUCGAUAUCGAUAAUUACAUCAAAAUUGUAAAAUCACAUUGAACACUUAACAAUAACAUCUUAAACUGAAGGUGCAAAAAUAAGGAAUAAUUGAAACAUUUUAACUGAAAACUGUAUCGCGAUAUCAGUGUUUAACGGUCGACAUCGAUAAUUACAUCAAAAUUGUAAAAUCACUUUGAACACUUAAUAACAUCUUUAACUAAAGGUGCGAAAAUAAGGAAUAAUAGAAACAUUUUCACUGAAAACCGUAUCGUGAUAUCAGUGUUUUAUAUCGGUCGAUAUCAAAGGGUAAAAAAAAAAAAACACAUACAAUCUGAUAAAUAACUAAGAUAAAUCAUGGGUCCAAUACAGAAAACCAAUAGUAGAGCCAAAUACUAGAGUCCGUGAACAUUGCUCCAAAGUCAGGAUUUUUUUGUUGAUUUAAUGCGCAUACAAAAGUAAACAUUGACAGGUGCAAAGGCAGCAAUAUAUGAUGAAACAAGACCUCUAUUGAUCCCCAUGGUAACUAAUUAGAUUACCAUAGUAACUAGUAUAUCAUGCAAAAGUGCAGAUUCCAACCAUUGAAAUACUUUGUAUAGUUCAAGGCUUACGGUCAUUUGAAAACUUCAUAAUGGCAGCUACAGUUUUGAUCUUAAAGAUGUAAAAAAAUUAUUUUGGAAUGUCCGGCGAGGGGCGUCGACUUAAACAGGUUCCACUGCAAUGCUCACUUUAUUGA